AUGAUGGACUUCGUAGGUCCUGAAGAAAAUGGUAGUGGUGGUUCAAGUGAUGAACAUAACCGUGAAGAUCCAUUAUACCGAGGAAGAGGCCAAAAGCUUUAUCAUCGCCACUCUGCUAAUAUCAUCCAACACCUUGAAGCAUUUUUCAAGGAGAACCAGCAUCCAAAUGAAAGCCAGAGGCAACAAUUAAGUAGAGACCUAGGGCUUGAGCCAAGACAAAUCAAGUUUUGGUUUCAAAAUAAGAGAACACAAACAAAGGCUAACAAUGAAAGAUUAAGCAACACCGCUUUGAGAAUAGAGAAUGAACAUCUUCAUUAUGAGAACAUCGCAAUGAAUGAAGCCAUGAAAAAUCUUAUGUGCAACAAAUGUGAAGGGUUGGGUCCUGGCGGAAUUAAAGAAGCCGGCCAAGACCUACAAAAGUUAAAGAUUGAAAAUGAAUUCUUGAAGGGAGAGUAUGAAAGAGUGCAAAGAAUGAUAGUAAAUACCCAAGGAAGAAUAGGUGGUCUAAGCUACAGGAAUUUGUCACUCGAUAUUCCAAAUUCUACAGUUGCAAAUUUUGGUGGAGGAAUCAUAGGAGGAGGAAACCCUAGCAAUAAAAAUACAUUAUUUGGUAUUGAUCUACCAAACAUCACAGGGUUAGGAAGACAACAAGUAGGGCAACUGAACCAUUUUCCUAAUAUACAAGAUAUGGAACAAUCUGUCUUCGUUACUAAUGCGAUUAAGGCAAUGGAUGAACUGGUAGAACUUGUCUCUAUAGAUGACCCGCUCUGGAUCAAAUCUCCUAUUGAUGGAUCCUCCAUGAUUCACUCUGAGAUCUACAAGAAACUUUAUCCGAAAAUCAUGUAUAUUUAUUCUCCUGGGACAUGGAUUGAGUCAUCUAAAGAAUCAGGGAUUCUGCUUACGUCUACUUCGCACUUGCUUAAUGUCUUUCAUGAUCCGGUGAUGUUUAUGGAAUUUUUCCCCACAAUUGUCACCAAAACUAAAAAGAUUGAAACGCUUGAUACCCUAGGCCAGGAGGGUUCUUUAUAUUUGAUGCACCAGAAGUUGCACGUGCUUUCGCCUUUGGUGGCACCUCGAGAAUUCAUUUUCUUUCGAUACAUAAGGCAAAUGAAUUCAACAACAUGGAUUAUAACGCAAUUUUCAUACGAUUUUUUCAAGGAAGUAGACACUUCAACUUCACAUGCAUGGUUGCUACCAUCGGGUUGCAUGAUUGAGGACUUGUCCAAUGGAACAACAAGGGUGACUUGGGUUGAACACGUCCACGUGGAUGACAAAUCUCAUCAACUAUAUAAGGAUACAAUUUGUGAUUCCCAAGCCUAUGGAGCCAAGCGAUGGAUUGUCUCUUUAGAAAGGACUUGUGAACGGUAUGCAUUUUUAGCAGGACUCAAACCUACACCAAGUGAACCUCAAAGAGUGAUCAACACGACACAAAGUAGAGCAGCCAUGGGAAAGAUUUCGGAUAGAAUGGUGAAGAAGUUUCAUCAGAUGCUAAGUAUGCAAGAAAAAUAUUUUGAUUCUCCCCAGUUACCAAAAUUGCCGAAUCACGAUUUUAAAGUUUUAUUAAGAAGAUACGACAAUCACUCUUCAACAGCUGGAGCCAAUGGGAUGGUGGUUUGUGUUAUUGCUUCCUUGAGGAUCCCAACUUACUAUGAAAAUCUAUUUAAUUUCUUGAAAGAUGACCAAACUAGAGCUCACUGGGAUGUUUUGUCCAAUGGAAAUCCCGUCGAAGAAAUCGCACACAUCUCAACCGGAAGUCAUCCUGGAAAUGCCAUCUUUCUCAAGCAGCCUGGUAGUAGUACAAAGGAGAAUAGCAACAUGUUGAUACUUCAAGAAAACAACAUAGACCGGUUGGGAGCUUCACUAAUUUAUUCUCCUCUUAAAUUCCCUACGGUGAUGUCUAUAAUGUGUGGUGUGGACAAUCCCGAACUACCAACAUUACCCUCAGGCUUCGUCAUUGCAAAUGAGUCUUAUCGUAGAGUUGAUGGUGGUGGGAUUAGUCAUGGAGGAGCUUCUACUUCUUGUUCUUCGAGCAGACCAGGAGGCGGAAUGUCAUCGUUGCUGACGGUGGUUUUACAGAUCCCGACAUUUGAUAUUGUUGAGGAGUCAAACAUGGUGGAUUCAAUUGCUAGUAUCUAUGAGCUCAUGAACUCCACCAUUGAAAAGAUCAAGAUAGCUGUUGCAACUGAUGUUGAGUGA